GAGCAGCUCGUCCCUGCUGUGCCAUCCUGCUACAGGGCUACGCCACUAUCUUGGCAACUGAUCUUCUCCAACUUCCCUCCCCCUUAUCCCCUCCUCCGCAACGUCGGCAACAGCGACACAAUUCUCCCCAGAAGGCCAUGAUGUUUGUCAAACUGGUCGUGAGUUCGAUCUUCUCCUAUCUGAGCUGGAGCUUGGUGACGUUACAGAUCAAUCAUCGACGUGCCUCGACUAUGGGCAUCCCUCUCAUCAGGCUGCCCACCGACCCGCUCAACGUAUUCUUUCAAGUCUUAGAGCCUCACAUCUUCCGAUUGCUCGAUGCGCUCCCUAUAUCCCUCCCUGAAUGUAUAUACUGCUUGCGUCGAGGCUGGUACUUUAAAGAUAAAGCCGAUAUGCACCUUAAAUAUGGGCCAGUGUGGGCUCUCGUCACGCCCCGUGACAUUCAUGUCCACCUUUCCGACUCUGAAGCCAUCCACGAAGUUUUCUCUCGCCGAGCAGAUUUCAUUCGUCCCUCAAAGAUGUAUGAGCUUUUGGAGGUGUAUGGCCCGUGUAUAUCAACUGCAGACGUGAAAAAUUGGCCCCGUCAUCGCAAGAUUCUCGCGGCGCCAUUCAGUGAGAGUGCAAUGAGUUACGUAUGGUCUGAAUCAUUGCACCAAACACAACAGAUGAUGCAAACCUGGAUCUCAGCGCCUAGGGUUUCGAGCGUAGGAAAGGACAUGCGCACACUAUCACUGAACGUGCUUGCUGCCAUUGGCUUCCGUCGCUCUUUCCACUUCCGUGGAUCUAACAACAAUGCCACGAUUAGGGAAGAUGGAAUGUUUUCCUAUCGCGAUGCGCUUCAGAUUGUUCUCGAUAAUGUUAUUCUCCUCAUGCUGAUACCCCGGCGUUAUCUUACUUACUCGUGGAUGCCAGCCUCCCUACAAAGGAUCGGCCACGCCGCCUCGGAUUUCAAAAAGCAUAUGGUUCAGAUGCUUGAUGAGGAGACAAGACUACUGAGCGAAGGCAAGAAAGGUAGUGGAAGCCUAAUGACGUCUUUUAUCCAAGCCCAAGCCCGAAGUGAACGAAGCAAAGAUACCGGAAGCAACGCACCCCAGGGACUUUCAGUGGACGAGAUUUUUGGCAACAUCUUCGUCAUCAACUUCGCUGGCCACGAUACUACAGCAAACACACUAGCCUUCAGUACCUUGCUGCUUGCUGCGCAUCCAGCUGUUCAGGAAUGGGUCGCGGAAGAAGUUACAAGUGUAAUUUCAGGAAAGCCGGAGGAGGAAUGGAACUACGCCGAUCUCUUCCCGCGCUUGAAAAGGUGUCAGGCUGUCCUGCUUGAGACCCUUCGCCUCUAUCCCCCCAUCAUGGCACUACCGAAAUCGACAAACGAAUACCCGCAGCCACUACAAGUCGGCGACCGCCGAAUCGUCAUUCCGCCACGGACCGGAGUCCAACCUAACAUCAUCGCAACCCAGACGCACCCGCAAUACUGGGGGCCAGAUCCCCGUGCGUGGAGACCCAGUCGCUGGAUUACAACGAGCUCUGGGGAUCAAGAAGGGCUGGUAACUCCACCUCGGGACACGUUCCUCCCCUGGUCCGAUGGACCACAGAACUGUCCGGGGAUGAACUUCAGCCAAGUGGAAUUCGUGGCCGUUCUUGCUCGCCUGCUGUUUCGCCAUCGCCUCCAGGUGAUCAAAGAGCGGCCUCUGGAGACAGACGCCGAAGCUACGGCGAGGGUCUUGAGAGUGGUCAACGAGUGCGAUGCGCAGAUGUUGCUCAGGAUGCUGGAUCCAGACCGUGUCAGUGUGGCUUGCGUACCUGCCCUGUGAAGAUUGAAAUGGUCGCAGCGUGGAGCAACCAGGGGGAGAAGGGUUGAGCACUGCGCUGCGCGCCGAACCAAGGCCGAUGAUGAAAAAGGACCAAUUUGACGUGGACUGCAGUCUUUUUCUAUCAAUGUUGCACAGCAUGCAG